CCUCCUCCUCCUCCCGAACGAGUCUGGCCGGAGUCUGUGGCUCAAAAUGGCGGCCGCGGCGGCGGCCGGAGCAGACCGAGGAGGGGGUAGUAGCGAGAGCCGCUGAGGCGGGCCGGCCCCUGCAGCCCAGCCGGGGAUCAUGGAGGCUCCGGGCUGCAGCUGAAAGACGCGCUCGAAAUGGAGGCAAAGAACCUACCUGAGCCAUGUCUUGAAGUUUUAUAAUGGAUUAUGGAACUGUGUGCUGAUGAGCCAGCAAGUGGAAUGCCUGAGUGACUGAAGAAAAUGGGUGCUAAUGCCUCGAACUACCCUCAUUCGUGUUCCCCAAGGGUAGGGGGAAAUUCUCAGGCACAACAGACAUUCAUAGGAACAUCCUCCUAUUCUCAUCAAGGCUAUGGCUGUGAAUCCAAACUGUAUAGCCUUGACCAUGGCCAUGAGAAACCUCAAGACAAGAAAAAGAAAAGCUCUGGGCUUGCCACCCUCAAAAAGAAGUUUAUUAAGCGCCGAAAGUCUAGCCGGUCUGCCGAUCAUGCCAAGCAGAUGCGUGAGCUACUCUCAGGCUGGGAUGUUAGAGAUGUCAAUGCGUUAGUGGAAGAGUAUGAAGGAACAUUAGCCUUAAAAGAGCUUUCUCUACAAGCUAGUUUGGCAAGACCAGAAGCCAGAACGUUGCAGAAAGACAUGGCUGAACUGUAUGAGUUCAAAUACUGUACGGAUGUAGAUCUAAUAUUUCAAGAGACUUGCUUCCCUGUGCAUCGUGCAAUUUUGGCUGCAAGGUGCCCGUUUUUUAAGACCCUACUUUCUUCUUCACCGGAGUACGGUGCAGAGAUUAUAAUGGAUAUCAACACAGCUGGUAUAGACCUGCCCAUGUUUUCUGCAUUGUUACACUACUUGUACACAGGAGAAUUUGGAAUGGAGGACUCGAGAUUUCAAAACGUUGACAUCCUUAUGCAGCUCAGUGAAGAAUUUGGGACACCAAAUUCUUUAGAUGUUGAUAUGCGAGGGCUGUUGGACUACAUGUGUUACUAUGAUGUGGUUCUCAGCUUUUCCUCUGACUCUGAACUGGUAGAAGCUUAUGGUGGAAGUCAGAGCUGCUUAGAUGAGGAGCUCAGAGCGCACAAAGCUAUAAUUUCAUCACGGUCCCCGUUUUUUCGACAUCUACUACAGCGGAGAAUACGGACCGGUGAAGAAAUCACAGAUCGAACGCUAAGGACUCCAACAAGGAUUAUACUGGAUGAAUCUAUCAUACCAAAAAAAUACGUGAGAGUGAUUUUAAACUGUAUGUACACAGAUUUGGUGGACCUCUCUAUUUUGCACAGCAGUCCGUCAGUGGGGAGUUUAAGCGAAGUUCAGGCUCUUGUAGCAGGAAAGCCAAACAUGACAAGGGCUGAAGAAGCUAUGGAACUUUACCACAUUGCUCUCUUCCUGGAGUUCAAUAUGCUUGCGCAAGGCUGUGAGGAUAUUAUCGCUGAGAGCAUCUCACUAGACACCUUUAUUGCCAUUCUCAAGUGGAGUUCUCAGCCGUACGGCUCCAAGUGGGUUCAUCGCCAAGCACUGCAUUUCCUCUGUGAGGAAUUUACACAGGUCAUGACUUCAGAUGUCUUUUAUGAACUCGGCAAAGACCACCUGCAAACUGCCAUCCAGUCUGACUACUUACAGGCGAGUGAGCAAGAUGUCCUGAAGUAUCUUGUUAAGUGGGGUGAACAUCAGCUGAUGAAAAGAAUAGCAGACCGAGAGCCCAAUUUGCUGAGUGGCACAGCUCACAGUGUGAACAAGCGAGGUGUAAAGAGGCGAGAUCUUGACAUUGAGGAACUGAAAGAGAUCCUUUCUCCUCUCCUACCGUUUGUCCGUAUUGAGCAUAUUUUGCCUAUGAACAGUGAAGUCCUGACUGAUUCUAUGAAGAGAGGUCUCAUCAGCACUCCUCCUUCGGAUAUGUUGCCGACAGCGGAAGGUGGAAAGUCAAAUGCCUGGCUGCGACAAAAGAAUGCGGGCAUUUAUGUGAGGCCAAGGCUGUUUUCACCAUAUGUGGAGGAGGCUAAGUCGGUUCUAGAUGAGAUGAUGGUGGAACAGACUGACCUGGUUCGUUUACGGAUGGUUAGAAUGUCCAAUGUGCCAGAUACUCUCUACAUGGUAAACAAUGCCGUUCCGCAGUGCUGUCAUAUGAUAAGUCACCAGCAAAUAAACAGUAACCAAUCCAGCGCUCCUUCAGUUGUAGCCAAUGAAAUCCCAGUUCCUCGUCUCCCUGUUGUGAAAGAGAUGGUCAAGCGGCUGCAGGAGCUCCGUCAUACCGAGCAGGUGCAAAGAGCUUACGCUCUGAACUGUGGAGAAGGGGCCACUGUCAGCUACGAGAUUCAGAUCCGUGUACUGCGGGAAUUUGGACUUUCUGAUUCUGCCGCUGAGCUCUUGCAGAAUCCUCACAAGUUCUUUCCAGAUGAGCACUUUGGGGAUGAAAGCCCGCUCUUGACCUUGAGACAGCCGGGGCGGUGUCGCGUCAACAGCACGCCCACAGCGGAAACCAUGUUUACAGAAUUAGACUCUUUUGUGGCCUUCCAUCCACCGCUGCCCCCUCCCCCACCUCCUUACCACCCGCCGGCUACUCCAAUCCACAAUCAGUUCAAAGUCGGCUGGAAGCAAAGGGCGCAGAGCCAGCACCCCUCGCGUUCCUUUUCUUACCCCUGCAACCAUUCCCUGUUCCAUGCCAGAACAGCACCGAAAGGCCCCCCUCCCAUCUACCUGUCUGGUGUCAAAGCCACACCUCCCGAUUGCACUAACACUACAGGACUGGGAAGACAAACAGUUGCUGCCGCAGCAGCUGUGAUAGCUGCUGAAAAGCAAGUAGGUACUCAACCUGUGCUGAAUGAACUGAUGCCAGAUAUCGCUAUGGGUGUGUCGACAAUGUCUCUGAAGGACAGGAGGCUGCCAGAGCUCACUGCUGACACAGAACUGAGCCAGCCUGUUCUGGAAGUUGGGCCAGGAGCAGCCCAGCACAUUUCAUGCCUUCAGACAAGGCACAUGCACAGUUCCCGGAAAAAACAUUCAGUUGAACAAAAACUGGAUUCGAGAGAGAAUCCGCAGGAAUACCCAGAUUUCUAUGAUUUUUCCAACGCUGCAUGCAGACCGUCUACUCCUGCCCCCAGCAGGCACACUCCUUCACCUUCUCAAGGUAUCUAUUUUGGCCCAGAUUUGUACAGCCACAAUAAAGCAUCACCCAGCGGCUUAAAGGCCGCCCACUUACUUAACCACAUCUCUCCAAAAAAGCUUGAAGACUCUCGGAGGGAGUAUGCACUUUCUCAAGAAGGGCAUCCGCAUAGACAAAAGAAUGAACCGAUACACCUCGAUGUCUUAGAACAACCUCCCCAGCGGUUGGACUUGGCAUUGGCUGCCCAAGAGAAUGCUGGAAAUGGCCCAGUUCACGCAAGGGGGCGAACAAAAAUAGAAACUGACUUAACCUAUGGGUUAACCUCUGGCCGGCCUUCUCUGCCUGCAUACAGCUCAGAGAUCCAUGAAGAGCAGUCCGGCCGGAGGCUGGCAGACCUUGAGCCCUUAGAGCACGAAGCACAGAGAAAUGUGGAUUUGGAAAGGGAAGAGGCAGUAAGCAGAGGAAGGAGGUCUCCCAGCAAACCAGACUUCCUGUACAAAAAAUCUGCCCUCUGAAAACCACCUCCACUUCUUCUCUGUGCCUAAGAGUCAUGAAAUAUCCAGUCUUUGCCACCUCUGGCCUGACUUUGGUUGGGCAAGUUCAUUUAUUGCCAGCUGCCACAUCACUUUUUUAAUUAUUAUUUUUGUACAUACAUGGCUUCCUUAGAGAUGGCAUGCUACCAGUUUGUUUGGAAUGCUGCUCCAGAGUUUGUGUCCGGAACAGAUUUUGUUAAGCCUCUUUAAAAAAAAAAUAGCCGGCACCUUUAACAAAAAAUGAAAGGUAGCCUUUUGCACCUGUACAUUAAUUUUAUUUAGUUUUUGUACUAGUAUGUUAAAACUUGCUGUUAUAUUUAAAGGACAAUGUUCAUGCUCUCUUGGGUGGCUUUUAAAAAAAGAAUUCACCUUCUGGCUUCCUGUGCGCAUUGGGUUUGCGCACUGAGAUAUGUAUUUUCUUAUCAAAUGGUGACAAUGUCUGUCUUUAUUUUUGAAUGACUAUAGGAAUUCCAAAGAACAGCACAUCUAAGUAACUGCUCUGGUUCAGUCUCAAGCCUUCCUGGUCUACCACUAGUGCAAGAAUCCAGCCUAAUACGUUUGUUCUGUUUACCAAGUCCAUGGCAGCUGGCCUUCAUCUUGAUGUAGCAAGCCCUCACUGAUGUUUGUGGCCGAGGUUUUCUGUGGAAGUGAGGAGUAUAACUCUCUUUGGGUUCCUUGAAAUCUUCUCUCUCUCUCUCUCUCUCUCUCUUGCAGGCCUUGGGGGCUGACAUAACACCUCUGAGAAGCACUUAGUUAACUCCUUUUGUUGGAAUACACCUGGUACUGCAAAUUGUGACAGUACUGUAAACACUCUCAUCAAUUUUUCCUUUGAGUAAGGAUAUGCAGGUAUGGGACAGUGAGAAGAUGCUGCAUAACACCUGACUUUGGUGUUAACGCUCCAUCUCCUUAGAGGAAGCUGCCUGUCUCCAGUAGAGGCACCCAAAGGAGUGCUUUCUGCCUUCUUUCUUCCACCUCUGAUUAAGCAACCAAGGGCUUCAACCUUAGUGAUGUCACUGAGGGCUCCCAGACCCCGUGAGUCUCUUGCUUUGUGGACGGAAAUCACAAAUUGAAGAGGAACGCCUAAGGCUUAAAUUAGCUGUAAGCAAUUUAGCACUUAAUUUCUUCAUCCCAACCUCUUCCGUGUGUGCGCGUUUGGUUUUGUCUUUUUAAAAAGACUCUGGGGACUCUGUGCUUUUAUGAACACAGAGUAAAGAGACGGGGCCGAUUGCUUAGAAACGCCCAUUGCUGCUAAUGAUAGCCAUUUGGGCUGUCAGCAGUUGUAUGCACCCACCAUGUCUUUUCUCAUGCAAGUAUUGGGGAAAGCCCCAGUGCUGCUGUGUGGCAUCUCCCAAUACAGGCCUGACAGGGUGGCUAGCUCUAAAAUGCAGAUCUUCCAUCACCAGAAGACCUCAGUCAGAAUACUAACUAAAGGCUGUUCUAACGUUAAAUCUGACUCUUGAUUUUAGAUACUUGACACUGUUUUAAAUGUACACUUUUUCAAUGUUUAAUCAUACUUUUGUUUUCAGCUCUAACAAGAGGACCAGCUCCUGCCUUUCAGUUGCUGUGUCCUAUUUCUUUUCGGGGGCAAACACUGUUAAAGCAAACAGAAGUUCUGGAUCCUUGAUGGAUAGUGUGUAUGAGUGAGAGAGUAUCUUGUCCAGAAUUUUCACACUACAUUAACUUUGCUACAAUGGUGCAAAUGCAUAAAGCAUAAAGUCUUCUAUCCUCUGCCUUUUUAAUUUUGAGGACAAGGGAAGAUGAGAAUCUACUAUAUCAUCUUGUCUAGUGCUUUUUAGCUGUCUUUCAUGGUAUAGGAGAAGUUUGUGAGAUUGGCUUUGCCUUCCAGAGAAUUUUGGGACAAGACUUACCUUUGAUCCACUUACUCAUGCACACCGAAUAUAUCUUUAAACCCACUCUCCCAAACAAGAGCACACAGAAACGUCCAUAUUCUGUUAUUUCAAGUAGGUCAUUUUGUCCAUGUCUGAAACAGAGCCUGUUUGCUUCAGUACGUUAGUAGUGUAAUGUGUGCCUAGCUCUGUCUGUGAGUUACCCGAGGGGUAAAUUCUUGAUCUCAGUAGUGGCUAUAGAGUUGGCUGAAAUAAUCCACCCAGGUUUAGUUUACACAUGGUUUUUACUGUGGAAUAAGCUUUGUGAGAAGCUAUUAGGUGCAUAUUGGCUCCCAGCGAACAAAACGUACCGCUUUUGAAGUCAGGUAGUUGCCAUGUCAGACCAUGGGACGGCAUUCUAGAUGAAAGCAAAUCCUGUGUCAACAAAACUCUUCUCGGAUUCUUUGGCUUAUUAAACUAGAUCCGUUUCCCAGCAGUGGUCAGAUUGGGUUUGAUCAGUUUGGUGCAGUUUUAGCAGGACCUCUGGGUAGCUCAUUUAUUCAUCCAGUGUCAUUCAACUCCUCUUGCACUUCCUUAGGAAAAGGCGUAUUUUGAUAUCUACAUUUUGAUAUCUAUAUUUAUGAGCAACUGGCCAACUAAAGCCAAACUUUAAUAUCCAUGAUUCGAUAGAGCAGGAGUCGCCAACCUGGCGACAUUGGGCACUGUGUUGCCCACAAAGGCUUUCGUUUGUGCCCCUGGGCAGGUUCCCCAGACUCCAAGCUUUCUUUUUUUUAAAGAGGCAAGUCUCUAGUUAUGGGGCAAAAUGUGCUGGUACCUUCUAAGUGAUUUCUGUGAAAUGAAAGUGAACGUGACGUGACCACCUUGUAUAUUUUUCUUGACACUGACAAAUGCUCCCUGUUAUUAGCAACAGCACCAGUGCACGUGUGAUUAGUAGUGUGAUCUCCAUGAUCAGGGCAUAGCUGACUGUGGUAGGUUGUCAGGGUGCUUGUCUAAUUUUGUGUUCUGCCAUGACCCCCACCUUAGGAGGCACUUUGUGACUCGAGCCACCAGCACUCUCCCAAAAUUUGAAAUGACCCCCCUGUUCCAAAAAGGAACAGUGCAAUGCAACGGUUUUGUCUGGGUGUUAACUUGACCCGGCAACAAAUUGAUCAAACAUGUAUUGUGCCAUAAUUGAAAUUAGUUUUACAAUCUGCUGGGCAGAUGAUUUACUCAGAACUUCAACCGCUUGGUCCCUUUGUCCUCCCAAAAAUCAGGACUCAUGAGCAAAUCCCAGCUAUUCAGUUCAGUAAUUGACAACUAUGCUGUGUUUGGCAUCUUCAAUGCACAAUACAGUUUUAGCAGCUUAAAUAAAUAAUCUUUUGUUUGCAUGAAGCACUUUUGAAUACAUUUUAGGAAAUUCCAAGUAUUCAGUAACCAUACAGCUGUGGCUUUGAAAGAGAAAUAAUUACUUACUGAACAAUUGGUAAACCAAUGCAAGAUGCUUCAGUAUGGAAAUUUAAAACUAUAAUCUUGGCUAUUUCUGCUGCAACAGAAGAGUCGUGUCCAAAACUGGUUUGGUAUCCAUCCUGCUAGGAAAAACUGUGUGUUCUAAUCCAUGGUUGGGAACUAGAAGUGUGUGUGUGUGCAUGUGCGCACACAAACACAUUGUGUUUCCAUGCAUCUACCUUGCGUGGGUUGUUCUCUUUUUUUAAACUUCCAGAGGUGCAAAGGGCUGUGUGGGUUGGGAAGUGACAAGGGUUCUCCUGCCAGGAGAAGGAAGUGGAAAAACCACCAUGUAGACAUGCCACUUUGUAUCCCAGCCAAUGUGUUUACAAUAAGUCUUCUGAAAGUAUACUGUUAAGAGUUAAUUCUUCAGUUAUCCUUGUUAUCCUGUAAGACUACCGUACAGUGACCAUCUACGUUUCAUGUUUUAAUUCCUGUCUUUGAUCUCUUUUUUCUGUCUUUAAAAAGAGAGAAAAUGAAGAGACUGGCUCUUGCUUGUUAUUCCAAACCAUAUUUUCAUCUCUUAUGUAACUUAUUUUGAAAUGGGCUAUGGAUGGAACAAUUAUUCUAGCUUCUCCCAAUGUCUGUGCUUUUAAAUGGUGGAGGGGCUGUGUGUGGAAUGCUAGAGGAAGCUGGAGGGGGAGGGGAUGCUAUUUCCGUACAUGUUUGUAUUUCUGGAAGGUGUUAAGUGUCCAUGAUGUUGCGUUGUUUUUGUGCUGUUACUGGUAUAAAGUCAAGUGCCUUCAAUACUAAAGGCUCAGAAAUUUUCUUACAACAACUUCAUGUCCUAUGCAAGUGUUUUUUCUACAACCUGCAUAACCAGUACUUUGUAAAACUUGUUUACGCUUCAAUUGUACAUAUUGGUUUUUAAAGAAAAUAUAGUAUUUUUAUUUAGGUACCUCUAGAAUUGAAUUCUAGUCUUGUGUGAUGCAUUGUAAAACAAUACAUUUCUCUUUUGAGUACCAUUACAGUUGUAAAAAGGUUUUCACUGGUUCUAUUUUUCUACUGUUGCUGAGAAGCAUGUUAACACUGACUUUAUCCUACAUAUAGUUGGCAUUUCAAAUAAAUGGCUUGUCUAGAAAAA